UCAUGUUUACCUCACGAGUUACUAUUGUUAUUUUGAGAUACUUUCAAGCUCUUGGUCCAUUCGAUUUUACACCUUGGUAAAUAAAGAGACUUCAGAACGAGCAGUUAAGUAAAAACUUCAAGUAAAUUUUUGCAUUUGAAUUUACUAUUUUGAAGUAGGACAAAGUCUUACUUUCUUAACAUUUUAUUCAUAAAAAUAGGAAUAGUCACUUAUUUAAUAAUUCUCCCAUAAAAUUAAAUAUGAGUAUAAUUUCUGUCAGAAGUUUGGAGCGCUCCUUUCGGUAAUAAUUGAUUUGUAGUAGUAUUACAUUGGUCCGUUCAGCUAGUGUAGCAAUAGAGAAAGUCCAAACAAAGCAUCAUGGCACUUUCAAAUCUACAAGUCUGAAAUUCUGACUCAGUUUAAGACACAGUUACGUUGAAGUCAGUGUCAUUUUAGUCAUUUUCGACGUUCUAUACUGUUUGAAAGUAUCAAUGUAAUUUUUUAUGGUUACGUUAUCAGCAGUGACAACUGAAGUAUUAAUAGUGACUAGAAGUUUUAAUCGUCUUGUGUUUAUAACAAUACUGCGUAUUUUCAAUACUGCGUAUUGAAGCUACCAUGCAUUAUGGAAUGAAAAAAGUACCGAAGCCAUUUGACAGUUGUUGGCUGAACCAAUACACAAAAUUGAAACAACGUUUCUCUCUCUACAACGGCACUACUGAAACAUUUGACACGUUCACCAAGAAAAAAUUGAGUGCGCUGAAACCCGAAGAUUUGAACUCCGUACUAAAAUAUUCGGUAAAAGACUAUAAUGACACGAUCGUGAAGUACUUUCAUCACCUUGGCAUAAAAGUGGGUUCGAUGAACAAGUUGACUACGACGGCGAUUCAUGCCGCAGCAUUAGUCCCAUGUUUCGAAAGUGUUGAUCUGCUUUUCAAUAUUUACGGAGACGACAACUAUGUCAGUCCUGGAAAUUACUCUCAUUUUCACGCGGCCUGCAUAACGGGCAACCUUUCCAUGGUACAGAAAUUCUUGGAUCAAGGCGUUGACAUAAAUCAGCCUUGUGAGUUAUCAUAUGGAAAAUAUACCACAGCGUUACAUUUGGCAGUUACUAAUCAACAUUUGAAUGUUGUUAAGCUAUUGUUGAACAGAGGCGCUAGUCCGAAUAUUUUUGACGACGCGCGCCUGACGCCCUUUGACCAUUUCAGUCAAUUGCAACAUUAUAAUAUCAAGAACGAAGAUCUGUGUAAAAAAAUCUUGGGACUUUUCGUCAAGCGUAAAUGCAAGUUUAAUAAUUGCAAUGAAAAAGGCAAUAGUCCACUGUUAAAUCUUUUUAGCAGAGGUAUCCCAUUCAAUCGCGUCCAAAAGUUUGCGCUGAAACUUUUUUUGUGCAACAAAGCCAAUCCCAGGCUUAUCAACAAGUCCGGCCAAACGAUAUUGCACUUGCUCCUAAAUAGUAAAACCUCGGCUGCCGUGAAAAGUUAUCCGGAUUGCGUAGAAAUGGUUGAGUUACUUUUGGAAUGCGGAGUAAAUGUAAAUGUCAAGGAUCGCUUUGGGGACACUGCCCUAAAUGUGGCUGUGUCUCAUUGCAAUAAACAUGCGGUCGAGGUGCUUUUGGAUUACGGCGCUGAUGUGAACGAUGUAAACUUCCAAGGAGGAUUUUUGAGUCCUUCCAAUAAAAUACUACGAGAUCUGAAAAUGACCCGAUAUAUGUUGGACAUUGUUGAGCUUUUGAAGAGUCAUGGCUUUCGAAUGAAAAGCAGCCAUAAUGCUUCUUUAUUACAAUUUUUAAUUGGAUUCGAAGAAGCUCCCGCACGCAGCUUAAUUUAUUGUCCGCUCGUAAUAGAAUCAGGUAGUGCAAGGACAAUUCGCAACUAUUGCAAUUACAUUGCCCAAAUUAAUGAAUUACCAGAUCUCCGUUAUAAUGUGAGAAAAAUAGCUAUCGCACAUAUUGUGACCGUCCUUCAAACUUACCAUUUCACUAAAAUGUACAUGAGCGAAGAGAUGCGCAGUUAUCUGGAGCAAAUGGAAGAAGAUUUAAGAAAAAAAGACAAAGGCUCACAUACUACGAUUGAAUACAGUAUCAAAACUAUAAAGCGAGAAAUUGGAUUGAUUGAUAAAAUUAUGAUAAAUGAUCGUACAACACUUUUCGACUUUUGUUUGAGUAAUCACAAAGAGGCUCAUGAACUUUUAAAGCGAUCUACAUUCAUGUCAGUAGUUGAUUCAGAAGAGUUUGAACAAAAAUGCCCAACAAUCGCAGGAAUUAUAAGAGGAUACGCCCUUAAUAUUUUAGUUAGAGAAUAUUGUAAUCAAAAUAUUCAAUUAGAUCCUGGGAGAUUAUUGAUCGAAGGAAAGUUACCGAAUUCUGUAGCUGACACCAUUAUGUAUUAUGUAAACUAAUGCAAUUUUAUCAUUUGAUUUUAUAAAAACAAAAGUAAUAUAUAUUGACUAACAAUAAAUAUGAGCAAAGGGGCGUGAAA